AUGGAUGCCAACAGUGUCACAGAAUCCAAACUCAAAAGGAGAAAGUUACACAACCAUGCCCCUUGCUCUGGCUACAACCAUGCCCCUUGCUCUGGCUACAACCAUGCCCCUUGCUCUGGCUACAACCACGCCCCUUGCUCUGGCUACAACCACGCCCCUUUCUCUGGCUACAACCACGCCCCUUGCUCUGGCUACAACCACGCCCCUUGCUCUGGCUACAACCACGCCCCUUGCUCUGGCUACAACCACGCCCCUUGCUCUGGCUACAACCACGCCCCUUGCUCUGGCUACAACCACGCCCCUUGCUCUGGCUACAACCACUCCCCUUGCUCUGGCUACAACCACGCCCCUUGCUCUGGCUACAACCACGCCCCUUGCUCUGGCUACAACCACGCCCCUUGCUCUGGCUACAACCACGCCCCUUGCUCUGGCUACAACCACGCCCCUUGCUCUGGCUACAACCACGCCCCUUGCUCUGGCUACAACCACGCCCCUUUCUCUGGCUACAACCACGCCCCUUGCUCUGGCUACAACCACACCCCUUGCUCUGGCUACAACCACGCCCCUUGCUCUGGCUACAACCAUGCCCCUUGCUCUGGCUACAACCAUACCCCUUGCUCUGGCUACAACCAUGCCCUGGCCCACCGGCCAAACACAAUCCACCUAAGCCUUGUUCACAUUGGCAGUUUGAAGUGA